AGUCCCCGCCCUCCAGCCUCUCGGUCCAGGCGUGUCUCCCUCAGCCUCCACGCUCAGCACGUUCACCCUGCCGAGGACGCCCGCAGCCUCGCCCUUCUGGUGCCGCCCCGGGCCUCUUCACCCUCACCCUCAGCAAUAAUAACAACUAUCCCAGCACUCCACCCAAAUAAAUCCCCGCCCCAAAACACUUCAGAUAAUUCCUCCUUGCAACCUUGACUACUUUAUCGAAGUGGUGUGGUGAGGGUGGAUGCGUUCGUGCCUCUGCACCUCCACCUCUCCCUUCCUACUGCUACUCUGAGUCUUUGGGGACGUGAGACGCGCCGCUCUCAAGUGUUCACCUGCAAAACUCAUUUGCUGCCGUUACCUGCGAUUCCCGCUGCUCCCCCAUACCUGGCCGGCCCGACACCUGUGCCCCUCUGAAUGUUACCUGCCUCAUAACGAGUACAAAUUCCGCCUGGCGCCCCAAGAAGCUAAACACCCGCUGAGGGAACGGUGGCUAACUCUUAAGUGGAGGAGGUGCUGUGAGACUUCACCUAGAAACAUUGUGAACCCCAUCUAGACAACAACAGCAGCAGGAACAGUGAGAACACUCAAGAAAUAUUAUUAAACUUUGAUGCAUACUGUGAUCACCACUGAAAAAGUGUGAGCACCACCAGAACGCGACAGCAAACGCAAGGAACAGCUUAUCUAUACUCACUUCGACCUUGCAGGAACUCGGAAGUGUUAAGAGUCACAGGUCCAUCUCUCUAGGUGGCUUAGCGCUGCCUUACGCCACUCCCGGUGUUGCAGGCUAACUCACACACCUGCGGAAAGAAACAGUACAUCAGUCGUGGUGAAAUUGGUGAAUCAUUAAGACAAUUAUUGAUCAAUGUUAACGAUAUAUUCGGAAAAAUUCAACGAGAACGCCCCGAACACCUCACGGCUGACACGGGCAGCCCCCCACAGAUCCGCCAUGUAACAGCUCGGGGUCUGUCCCCGUGCACCCCUCCACCCCCGCCCCACCACGCCACCACAGCCACCAUAGAACACCUAACGACUUUGGGAGAGAGGCGGGAAGAUAGACUUGCGAGGGCUGACCACCGGCAGGAGCCAGACGGAGGAUCGCCCGAAGAGCCGCCCCUCCCCACCGAGUCAUGACCCCGGACUGUCCCAUGUCCCCUGGUGAACAGGACUCCCCGGACCUGAUAUGCAAAUGGGUCGGGUGCGGAUUGAGUUUCGAGACGCUGGACGAUUUGGUGGCGCACCUCACGGCAGCGCACGUCACCUCCCAGCAUGGCGCGUUCUUCUGCUUCUGGCACGGUUGCUCCCGGACCAAGGGCUUCAAUGCCAGGUACAAGAUGCUCAUACACAUCCGCACACACACCAACGAGCGGCCAUAUGUCUGCAGUCAGUGUGAGAAGCGGUUCAGUAGACAGGAGAACCUUAGGAUUCACGCCAGGACGCACACAGGUGAGAAGCCCUACGUGUGCACAGUGCCCGGCUGCGGCAAGGCGUACUCCAACUCCUCGGACCGCUUCAAACACACACGUACUCACUUCGUCGACAAGCCCUACGAGUGUCGCCACCCGGGCUGCGGCAAGCGCUACACUGACCCCUCCUCCCUCCGCAAACACGUCAAGAUCUACGGCCACUACCGCCGCCCAGAAGACCAGGGCGUGUCUUCCUCUUCGUCCUCAGACCUGCUGGACCCCUCCAUGACGGCCUCAGCCAGGCUGGAUCUCUCGCCCUCACCAUCUUCUUCCGGGUCGCCGCUGGUGCCCUCCCCAGUGCCCUCCACACCUUCGCCCUCAUUUCUCCCGUCCACUCUCUUCCCAGGAACACACUCGGGUGCGGGUGUGGGCGUGGGCAUGGGAGCUGCAGGCUCUUCAUGGGCACCCGUGACGGCGUGGACGGUAGCACUGCAGCAGUACCAGGCAGGUCUACUGCUGCAGGGCGGGGCGGGACUGGCUGGGCUGGGUGGGGGCUUCCAUUCACAUUCUAAUAUGGUAGAGGAGGAAGAGGAAGACGACGAUGACGAAGAGGAGGUGAGGAUGGAUUCCUCCGCCGCCCUGGACCUCUCCAUGUGUCCGUCCCCGUUGGACCUGUCCCUCCCGUCAUCCCGCUCCAAGCACCAGUAACGCUGCGGCAUUUACCAUCAGUGCCGGCCAUUAGUGCCAGGGAGACAGCCAGGUGCCAAAUAUGACUUAGGGCUGAAAUUAUAGCUCCCCUUCGUGCCUUAUACGUCCCUCGUCCCGUGCCCAAGGAGUGAAGCCUCAGGCAAUCGGGAACCCAGCGAGGAACAACUUCUCAAUCUUCCAUCCUGUCGCAUUCUCAGCGCCUCCGGAGUGCCUUAGUCCGCUGUCUGUGAUAACAGGAGUCGGCCAGCCCCACACAGCCUCCCCGCAGCACCUCAACAUGGAAUCACAGUAAACGCUUGUGAUAUAUUUUGCACUCUCUCUAUUUUUUUUUUUCUUCUUUCUUUCUUUAUUUUCCAAUUUUAAGCGUUGCGUCGUGGAGUUGUGUGGCUAAGGAACACCCGUCUGUCUACCUCUUAACCUUGCCCAAUGUGUAUUGUCAAUAUCUUCUGCCUAUUCUUCAACAUCUCGAGGCGUGCCCAUACAUGUCUUACACAGCAUGUGUCUGUUCACCCGUCUGUUUGUUCGUAGGCUUCCUCCCCGCCGUGAUCAGGCACAGAUCUGUAAAUAGUGACUUCAAUAAUCUUCCAAAUUAAUUUUAGGGAAAUAAAAUCAAUGUGAUAUGGAAUGUCUUCCCUCGCUACACCUCAGCCAUUCCUGGCGUGUGGAAGCAGCACUAAAGUGAUCUGUUUAUCCCGCCGGGGUGGCGAGUGGUGUGGCGGGCAGUGUGUCUGCGCCAGGCAGGCGGCGAGGCCAAACGCGCCCUUAUAAGAUUCUAGUGUGUCAGUCUUAACAAACUGUACCUUCAUGAAUUUAAGUUGCAUUAAUAUAAUAACAUCUCUACCAUAAAGAUCAAAGAUCUUUUAAUGAUAAGCAAAUAUUUUAGUUUCUUCCUUCAAUGAAGGAGGGAGCUAAUUACAACAAAUUGACAUAACAAGCAGUCCUUGGCCAAUGUUUGAUCUGUAUAUACCACUUCCUGACUGAGACACAGGCAACUGACACAGACAGAGCAAUAUCAAACUGAUUAGUGAUAUGGACAAUACACUGCACGCCGUAGGAAGCCGCCAUGAGGCCCACGCCGCUCCCCGACGGUGAGAUGGGCGGUCGCGCUGCGCCUCAGUCUUGGACUAAAUUUGACGACAUACGCUUAAACUUUCAAAUACGAAGUCUUCCAUUCUCCUAGUGUAAAAUAUAAUAUCUAAAUAAAUAUUUGAUUAGUAACAAGAAAGGAUUAAAAUCGGCAAGACUCGAAGGCGCAGCUGCCCUGGUGGUCCUCUCAACAGUAUUAUAGCCACCCACCACUUGGGUGUUCAUGUUGCUGCUGCUGUUGCAUAUAUCAAACUCCAUAGCAUUAAUACUAUACUCCUGAGCAGCAGUAACACCUCCCAACCUUACUAUAUAGUUAUCCCUUUAAACUUCCCAUCUUCACACAUCCAUUUUCUGUUAACGCAGUACCUGAGACUUCAUCAUAUUUCAGGUUUUAGACGAUGAAAAUAGAUGCUUAUUAUUGUGUCCUUAAUUUCCCGGUGGCCGAUUAACCCUACACUUAGCUAAACACUGCGGCCUUUGCCACCUCAUCAGAAGAGGUAACACGCAGGCGAGGCAGCAGGGAGGCGCCUCUUGAUGCCUCGUAAUGGGUAUUUGAGAUGGUUGGCGCCUAUAUUUAUCGCGUUCUUUUAUUACUCUGCAAUAUAUAUAAUGUUUAUAGAGUCUGUACCAGUAUAGUGUGGCGGGGGCCGGUGACUGGCUGGUGGGGAACUGGUUGUGUGUGUGUGUGUGUGUGUGUGUGUGUGUGUGUGUGUGUGUGUGUGUGUGUGUGUGUGUGUGUGUGUGUGUGUGUGUGUGUGUGUGUGUGUGUGUGUGCUGUCAUCUCCCCAGUCAAGCUCCCGGUGGUCUAGUCAUUAGAACUUUUAUACUGCUUUCAAUAAACUUCAUCUUGAUA